GGGAUAUUGUUAACAUCACCAAUAAAAAAAAUCCUCAUAAGGUUUCCUCCAUCCUUUUAUAUCAUAGUAGGUGUCAUCAAUCAUCAUGUUUUAAUUCAAGGCGUGCAUAUACACACAGUGGGCAGUCAUGGUGGCCGGACCGAUCUCUGGAGUUGUCCAUGCUGUGAAGGACAAAGUACAAGAAAAGCUGGGCUCAUCUAGUACAACAACAAAAUAUGCACCACCAGGAACACCAUAUGCAACACCAAAUUCAACAAUCUCCACUGUUGCUCCUCCUCCCUAUAAUGCCUCACAACCACCACCGUUUCCGGCAGCUCCUUACCAAGCAGUCCCACCCUACUCUGCUGCAUCUCCACCCAACAUGACAACAACCACCUCCCCAUAUUCAGCACCCUAUCCAGCCUCCACACCCUACUACUCUGCUGCAUCUACAACCAUGACAACCCCUCCUCCAUAUUCAGCUGCCACUCCAACACCACCAUAUUCUGCAUCUACAACCACCCCACCACCAUAUUCAGCUCCUUUCCCUGCUGUCAUGACAUAUGCUGGUUCGUCUCCGAGCGUGACACCCCCUCCAUAUUCAGCCACCAUGUCUCCUUCUGCAACAUACCCUCCUAAUUCUGCAACAGGAUCUCCAAACACAACUUAUCCUCCUGAUUCGGCAAUGUAUCCGCCAUUGUCUUAUCCUCCCACUCAAUCAUCUGAAAAUUUUAAUCCUCCUGCAGGCUAUCCUGGACAGCCAUACCCACCUCCUUCUCAAUCUCAAGCCACCCCUUCACAGUCAUACACCUCAUAUCCGCCUCCCCCACAAGCCGCAGCUUCACAACCAUACCCACCUCCUUCUGAAGCCACCCCAUCACAGUCGUACUCAUACCCACCGCCUUCUCAAGACGCCUAUUCACAGCCAUAUCCGCCUCCUCCUCAAGCCACCACUUUACAGCCAUACCCACCUCAUUCCCAGCCGUAUCCUCCUCCUCAGGCCUCCAUUUGCUAUCCACCAGUUUCAGGCCCAUCAAAUGGACUCUACCAACCACCGCCUCCAUAUUCAGAAGUCUACCCGCCACCACAGCCAGCAGGAGUCUUCCCGCCACCUCCCUCUGCAGGAUUCUGCCUCCCAAAUCCAUUUCCUGGAAUUUACCCUCCACCCCAAUGCUAAGAUGAGCAUUGACACCAGUUCUAUUUGGGAGAAAAUGCAACAACUAAGUUGGAGUUGCAUAGACAGCUCAUGUGCACGCUUUUGAGUGUUUAUUUACUUCUGAUUUGUACCAAAACUAAAUAAUUGCUUUGAAUAAGAUUUUUCAUCUCUCUGCGGCCACAGUGAAACUAUUGCUAGAUUAAGCAUGGGUACUAUUAAAGCUUUGGAAUGCAUUCAUCAUUGAAUACCAUUACUUUCAUUUGGUUUAAUGACAAUGGGUUUGAUUAUUUGAAUCUAUUAUUUUUUUUGUGGGAUUCUGAUCUGGCUAUGGCUGAAAUCCAUUUUGAGGAAGGGCCUACAAAUCCUUCAUGUGAGGUACUCUGCCUUGUUGGGCUCGUUUAGGCCUUUCCUGUCCAGCUUCCCAGUUGGCAGAAGCUCUAUGAUCCCAAAUAAGGUUGCUAUGAUACAGAGGAGAGAUUGAAAGGAGAUGAGGUGAAUAUGUAAGGAAUAAAAGGGCAAUUUGAUUGAAUUAGAUCGAGUAUGAAAGCCAUUUGAAGUAGAAUGUGAUAGUACUUGUAUCAUUUAACAAUAAUGUACAAAUUUCUUAAGAAUAAAAUGUAAUUUCACCAUUUUCA